CUCGUCGCCCGCCGCCGGCGACCUCGUCGGACUUCCUCACCAUCUCCCCCACUCCAUCCCAUCCCUCCUCAUGCUUCUGCACUCGCCACUCUCUAUCUAGCCUAGCUCCUCGUUUCGCCCCCUUCUCCGCGCGCCCACCUGCUGCCUCGCAUCCGCCUUCCACCUCGCCUGCUGCCUCAGUCCGGGGGCUUCCGCCUGUCUGCCUCGUCGUCUCCAGCUCCGGCCAGCGGUUCAACUGCGCUACUUGAAUCUCGUGCGCACUUUGGCUCUGCCUGCAGCCAACGCCUGACUGUCGGCAAGGUGUUCGACGGAACUCCCCCGAGGCCUGAGGUAAAUCUGUUAUGUUCUUGGCCACACGACCAUCUGGAUCGUCUCUCAUUGUUACCAGGCUGUGCGUGCUCCACACCGUUUCCUGGAUCGUUUCAUCGAGGCAGGCAAGGUUCACCACCGGCGGCGACAAUGCCACUCCGGGGUCUCACUGCCGGCUGUCUGAGCUCUUCCGCCCAGUGCGCACUGACACCAGUGGCGUCAUUGGGCGAGCGCUGGAGUGUGGGAGGUGGUCAGAGUCGGUGGAGCUGGAGCUGGAGGGGCUCCAUGUCGACUUGGAUCCUUUCGUCGUCAACAGGGUGCUCCGGGGCUUGUCCGACUCAGAGAUGGCAGUUCGGUUUUACUGGUGGGCAGAGUCACGCCCUGGAUUUUAUCAUAACAAUUUUGCGAUAGCAUACAUCAUAAGCUUGCUGUUUGUAGAUGACAAUUUUGCCCUGCUUUCGGAGUUCCUGGGAAGUGUAAGGAGUCAAGGGGUGGCAUUACAUCGAUCUCUCUAUAGGGUACUUUUGGGUGGCUAUGCUCGAGCUGGAAAAUUUUAUUCUGUCAUAGAAACAUUCGAUGACAUGGUCACGUCAGGUUGCCGUGAGUUCGGUGUUGAUUACAACAGGUUCAUAGGUGUUAUGAUUAAGAAUUGUUGCUUUGAUUUGGUGGAGAAGUAUUACAGCAUGGCACUUGCAAAAGGAUUUUGUUUAACUCCAUUCACUUACUCAAGGUGGAUUACUGCAUUGUGUCAAUCAAACAGGAUUGAACUUGUAGAGGAGCUUCUGGCUGACAUGGAUAAAUUUGGAUGUUUCCCAGAUAUUUGGGCAUGUAACAUAUACAUUUAUUAUUUGUGUAGUCACAAUAGGUUAUAUGAUGCUUUGCAAAUAGUGGAGAAGAUGGACAUGAAAGGAACCACCAGCCCAGAUGUUGUCACCUACACAACAAUUGUUGGUUGUUUAUGUGACCACAGGAGGUUCUCUGAAGCAGUUGGGCUUUGGGAGGAAAUGGUGAGGAGGGGACUUAAACCUGAUAUUGUAGCUUGUGGUGCAUUGAUCUUUGGUUUAUGCAAGAAUCAAAAGGUUGAUGAGGCUUUUGAAUUAGCAUCAAGGAUGUUAAGUCUGGAUAUCGAACUUAAUGUUUCGAUUUACAACGUCCUGAUAAGUGGUUUCUGGAGAGCUGGUAGCAUUGACAAAGCCUACAAGAUUGUGUCCUUCAUGCAGAGAAAUGGUUGUGGACCAGAUGUAGUGACAUACAAUAUCCUUCUAAACCAUUACUGCAAUAUAGGUAUGACAGAUAAAGCUGAAAAAAUGGUAAGAACAAUGGAGAUGAGUGGGGUGAAUCCUGACAGGUACAGCUACAAUAUAUUGUUAAAAGGGCUGUGCAAAGCUCAUCAACUAGAUAAAGCAUUUGCUUUUGUUUCUGACCAUAUGGAGGUUGGUGGAUUCUGCGAUGUUGUAUCCUGCAACAUACUCAUUGAUGCAUUUUGCAAGGCAAAAAAGGUAAAUUCUGCAUUGAACCUAUUUAAGGAAAUGGGCUACAAGGGAAUUCAAGCUGAUGCUGUGACUUAUGGAAUUCUGAUUAAUGGUCUUUUCGGCGUUGGAUACUCCAAUCUAGCUGAAGAGCUUUUUGACCAGAUGCUAAACACUAAAAUUGUUCCUAAUGUUAAUGUGUACAAUAUUAUGCUCCAUAACUUAUGUAAGAUUGGUCAUUUCAAACAUGCACAGAAAAUAUUCUGGCAGAUGACUCAGAAAGAAGUAUCACCAGAUACAGUUACUUUUAACACACUAAUAUACUGGCUUGGAAAAAGCUUAAGAGCAAUUGAGGCCCUGGACCUUUUUAAGGAAAUGAGAACAAGAGGGGUAGAGCCCGAUAACUUGACAUUCAGGUAUAUGGUCAGUAGUCUUCUGGAUGAAGGCAAAUCUACACUGGCUUAUGAGGUAUGGGAGUAUAUGAUGGAGAAUGGUAUCAUUCUCGACAGGGAUGUUUCUGAAAGGCUCAUAAGUGUUCUUAAAUUGAAGAACAACUAAGUCUUUGGAGAACUUCAACCUCUAGAUGCUUUCCUGCUUCUGUUGCUUACAUGCAUCGACCAACAAGCUUGAAGGUCUGAUCUUAAUCGAUUCAAGGCAAUAUGCUGGUGCAUAGUUGAACAUGGAUGUGCUAAACAUCUCAGUUUGAUGCAUGCAGCAGUUGCACCUUCUGUUACACACCAAGGUAUCAAGGGACAAGAUUCAAUUUAACAUAGUUGGCUCCUUUGUGUUUUAACAAAAUGUGGAGCGGAGACAUUAGCAAAGGUUGGCUGCAAGACAGCUGGUGACAAUGCAAUCUUUUUUUUUUUUUAUCAGGUAACAGUAUAUUGGUUGUGCUGUUUUUUUCCCUGGCGAUCAGAAGCAUGUCACAAGAAUAGCGUCCAAACCACACUGGUGUUGCAGUAAUGGAUAACGAUUUUGCUUCAAGUUAUAUGUACUAUCAGUCUUUGCCAUUCGAUGGUGUCAAAGACAGCAUGGUGCCUCGUUAAUGCAGUUGUCGAAGAUAGAUGGUGGGCAUAUGUUAAAACCAUGAUCCUAAAACAAAUUCAGGGCCAAAUCUUGUGAAGUUUUUAGCUGUUCAGUCUAUCAGUACAGUGCUGUGCUCUGAAGCCCAUCGUGAUGCUGAUAAGUAAUGCAUUGGGAAGGGCGACCCAGAAAGGUGGCGGCCCAUCUCAUAAGAUGGGCUAGGCCUGCCGGAAUGCAGGAUCACCGAACCAAGAACACCAACACCGACCGGAUGAUGCAGAUAUCCAUCGUCGAUCGUGACUUUCCUAGUUUGUCGCGGCACGGAAACGGGAGAUCCCUGAGACCGUCGACCCAACAAGAACAUGGUAGACGUGUUGCAGCGUGCAGGAUCCAUCGUUUCUCAUGCAACCACGUACAGUACAAGUAGAGCCGACAGUAAAGACAGGCUCAGAUGCUUCUGCAGAUAUCGUGCUUGCACGUUAGUUAGUACCAGAAAAAGAAAAUACCCUCCCCUUUUUGUCGGAACAAAGCACACGUCAGAAAGAACAUUUCAUCAGGUUUCUUCAGUUGAGUCGUCGAGCGACACGUCCAUGUCUUCUGUAAUUUGGGCUCUGGGUUGCCCACGUAGUACAACUACCGACUCACUUUUUACUCCAUAAUAAAAUAAUGCUAUUA